CAUCACCAUCACUAUCACCAUGAUCAUCCAUCCAUCAAUUUCCUACUGUUCACUGACUCACUGACUCACUCUCUUUUCCUCCCCCCCCAAAUGGUUGGCAUCACGUACUCGAGCACGCGCGGCGGCGAUCAGCAUCUCGGCUUCCGCGAGACUGUCAUGCGCGGACUCGCGAGCGACGGCGGCCUGUUUGUUCCAGACGAGAUCCCAGUCAUUGACGCUGCGACGCUGGCAGAGUGGAGCAAGCUCGACUUUGGAUUGCUCGCGGUUCAAGUCAUCAAGCGGUUUGUCCAUCCAGACAACGACAAGCUCGACGACGCCACUCUCACUGAGCUGGUUGAGCGCAGCUUUGGCACGUCGUUCACAUCCCCGAAAGUGACCCCGUUGGUCGAGGCUUCGGAAGAUGGCGCCUUGUCCGUGCUCGAGCUUUUCCAUGGACCGACAUUCGCGUUCAAGGACGUUGCGCUGCAAUUCUUGGGAAAUCUGUUUGAGCACUUUUUGACCACCACGCCGGGUGCUCGACCAAUCACCGUCCUUGGUGCAACCAGCGGGGACACUGGAAGCGCCGCCAUCUAUGGACUGCGCGGCCGGAAGAAUGUCCAAGUGUUCAUUCUCUACCCGACCGGCAAAGUCGCGCAUGUUCAAGAAAAGCAAAUGACCACCGUCGACGACCCGAACGUCCACUGCAUCUCGGUCGCAGGCACGUUCGACGAUUGUCAAGACAUUGUCAAGGAGCUCUUCAACAACCCCGUGUUUCGCGAAAAGCACAAUCUUGCAGCCAUCAACUCGAUCAACUGGGCCAGGAUUCUCGCGCAGAUUGUCUACUACUUUUCCGCAUACUUUCAGCUUCAAGCUGCUCACCCUGAGCGCGCGGGUAGCAAGGUCGUCUUUUCUGUUCCUACUGGCAACUUUGGCGACGUGCUAGCUGGCUAUUAUGCCAAGCGAAUGGGUUUGCCAAUCCACAAGCUGAUCGUGGCAACCAACGCGAACGACAUUCUUCACCGGUUCUUUGCGACUGGCGACUACUCGCGCAAGAAUGUUGUCGAGACCUACGCUCCCUCGAUGGACAUUCAGGUUUCCAGCAACUUUGAGCGCUACUUGUUCUACUUGGCUGGCCAAGACCCACGUCAAGUCGGAGCAUGGAUGGCUCAGUUGCGCGAUAACGGCAAAAUCGAGAUUUCUCCCUCGCUUGUUCAAAUCGCUCAGGGCGAUUUUGACAGUUGCGCUGUGGGUCAAAGCGAGAUCAUUGACAUUAUUCAACGCACUGCAAGCGCUCGCAAGUACAUCCUUUGCCCUCACUCUGCCACCAGCUACGCCGCCUCGCUGCAUUACCUGGAAAAGGUGGCCGAUCGAUCCAGCACGUCGGUCAUCUCCCUCGCAACUGCCCACCCAGCAAAGUUUUCGGAUACGGUGAAGCAGGCCACCGGAGCACUGCCCGCGUUCCCUGCUGCGCUGGAAGCGAUUCUUGACAAGCCAACCUCGUUUGUGACGUCGCCGGCGACUGCUGCCAGCAUUGCUGCGAUUCUCGAUGACCAUUGGCGAGCUCAAAUGCGACAAGGCCUCGAGACAUCCACUCAUGAGCUUUUCGAAAAGUACUGCGGCCUCACUGACAAGACUGAACUUCGAGCGAUUGCCACACGUGUGCAAAAGCAAGCACUCGAGGUGUUUCCCUAUCGCUGCAUCCAAGAAAUGCGGUUUAUGCUUCCGCGAAUGCGUUUCCUUCCCUAUUACAACCGCAUCCUCGAAAAUGUGGCCAACAAGAAGGUGUUGGACAUUGGUUGCUGCAUGGGCACUGAUCUUCGCCAACUCAUCGUCGAUGGCGCCAAUCCUUCCAACCUCGUUGGUGUGGACGUGGCUGACGGCUUCUUUGCCCUUGGCCGCGAGCUGUUCAAUGACGCUUCCAGGACACCUGCGCCGACCUUUGUGACUGCAAACGUCAUGGAGCCCAGCGAACGCAGCCGCCUCCCAUUCAACCAGUUUGACGUCGUGUAUGCCGGCAGCUUGCUGCAUCUGCUUGACGAGGCCACGGUUGUGACCAUGAUUCAGGCGGCGUUUGCCCUGGCUCGCCCUGGCGGAGUGUUUGUUGGCCGCAAUGUCGGUCGGCUGAACGCGCCUGGCAUGUUCCCCCGCCGCUCAACCCCGGCAAACGCACCCGAGCAGCUGCGCUAUCUGCAUACCGCCGACACCCUCAAGCAAGCGCUCUUGGCGGCAGGAUUCUCGAAAGCGGAGGUUGUUUCCGGCCGCGAGAGCAUGCUCGAUCUGCACAGCGAGCGCGAGCGUGACGAGAUGUGCUUUUUGUCCUUCUGUGCGGAGCGUUGAGCAUUGUGCGUGUAUGCGUGUGUGUAUGUGUGUGUUUGGGUGGCAUGUUUAUGGAAUCUGAGCGAAUCCAGUUGUCAAAAUUCGACCAAUCUCGCAAUUCAAACUUCU